AUGUUUCGGUCUCGCAAGGGAUCGAAAGCAUUCGGCUUUGGAAGCUCAGGCAGCACCAAGGACGGCCACAGCAACCACCAUCUUGACUUUGGAAUCGUGAGCCCCAAGGCGGUAAAGGACCCUUAUCGUCCUGGAACCGCCACCACUACGAGAUCCAACAACACCUGGACAGAUUGGACGGAUGCACAACCUUCUUUCCCUGAAAAGAACGUCUCAAUAGCCGCAGGUACCAUUCGCGGGCAGGCUCACAGACCUGAGACAGCAACCAGCAACUCGGAGGCACAUCGACGAGGCGACAGCUACUCCUCCAGCACCAUGGCAUCCGGCGCCGGUCGCAAUCGGAGGGAGCGCACCUUCGUAGGGAGCGAGUGCGCCGUAUGUGAGGAGCCGCUCGAGCACACCCUGCGUGGAGAGCGCAUCUUGCAGUUCUCCUGCUCUCACGUGUCGCACGAGGCAUGCUUUUAUGAGUUCAUCCGCGAAUUUGAGUCGCAGUACUGCCCCUCCUGCGAUGCGCCGCUGCAUCUCGACACUAGCAGGGGCGGCAAUGUCUUGGAUAUCGAGAAAAUCAGCAACCUCGUUCGAUCUGUCUCAUCUACCGACACUAGAUCAAACCACACCCCUACGCCGACGGCCCAGCCCUGGGAAAACCCGACACCGACGCCGCAGCGCCCCACCAGCAUCGAGUCGAAUCAGCGCAACAUGCCCAGCACGCACACUCGCGAAAGCCUGCCAAGGAGUACCGGGCGUGAGAGAGAAAGCAGCCAGCCACCUACCUCAGAACGAUACGGCCCCUCGAGACAUGCGCGUAGCGACAGUGAGGCCACCGGGGCCACCGGCGUCGCCUCAUCCGGAGGAUACCCUGAGACGACGCAGAGCGGCCCGCCGCGGAGACACGACUAUGACGUCCAGGCAAUGGAGACCACGCCAGGCAGCCCGCGCGCCAUCACGAGAAACCCGAUACCCGCCCCGACGGUCACGGUGCGAUCCGAGUUCCCCACCAUCAACAGGUCUCGAACGCAGCAGACAUUGACCUGCUUGAUCACCGUCGAAGUGCCCGACAACAAAUGGCGGCCAGAUCCCGAAGACUUGGGAUCUGCCCCUCCCGGGCCUCCAGCCGUGAAUGCGAGAAUCGACGAGGCGUUUGCCAGGCCACCAUCCCCCGCCCGCAGCGCGCCGCGUUUUUACCCCUACGAGUCACGCGAAGUGCUCGAGGAAAUGACAGAGAACCUCAGAAACCGGGUCGACAACUGGCAUGGGCUCGAUUUCAGCAGAUUCGGUAAACUGCGACUGUAUGGCACGCUACGUGUCGGCAAGGAUAAGGCGUCCUGGCAGGAGCUGGAAUGCUUCCUGUUCGCUGAGAUGUUGAUCUGCGUGAAGGAGAAGAAGGUGCCCGUGCCGGGGCAGUGGGACGAGAACGGAAUGCCCAAGAAGGCCACCAAGUGCACACUCAAAGGAUCCAUUCUCAUCAAGAAGCACCUCAACGAGGUCUCGGAAACGGGUAAUAUCGAUGAGAACGUCCUCACGCUAAACCUCUCGGUGGCCGAACUGCCGCAGUUCCAUCUCCGCUUUGAGAACCGCAACCAGCUGAAGCUGUGGCACCAGGCCCUGCUCGACUUGAACGCCGUUGAAACGUCGCCUGUCCGCAGUCCGGAAUAUGACCGGGGCGAGUUCUCGGAGACGGAGGAAGAAGAAUGGCAGCGCGGUUCGCGGCAGCAGAGAGUGUCUUCCGUCGCUUCAUCAUGGGGCGGAGCCAAGUCCGUCACCACUGCGCCGACAGAGUACACCAACUUCCAGAGAAGCCCGACAAUGCCCGCGUCUGUUCACGUGCCCAUCGACGUGGUUGUCGUCGUGCCCAUCUCGUCCUCCAUGCAGGGCGUCAAGAUCAACCUGGUCCGAGACGCGCUCAAAUUCAUGGUAAACACCCUUGGCGAGCGGGACAGAAUGGGUCUCGUCACUUUUGGCUCUGGUGGCGGCGGCGUGCCCAUCGUGGGCAUGACGACCAAGGCCUGGCCUGGCUGGAGCAACGUCCUCGGUUCUAUCAAGCCGGUAGGCCAGAAGAGCCAUCGCGCCGACGUGGUCGAGGGCGCCAACGUCGCCAUGGACCUGCUGAUGCAACGCAAGUACAACAACCCGAUUGCUACCAUCAUGCUCAUCAGCGAUGCAUCGACUUCCGACGCAGACAGCGUCGACUUUGUCGUGUCGCGUGCUGAGGCUGCAAAGAUCACCAUCCACUCUUUCGGCCUGGGCAUGACUCACAAGCCCGACACGAUGAUUGAGCUUUCGACUCGCACCAAGGCGUCAUACACUUACGUCAAGGACUGGAUGAUGCUCCGCGAGUGUCUUGCCGGCUGCCUUGGCUCCAUGCAAACCCUCUCUCACCAGAAUGUGAAGCUCAAGCUCAAGCUACCGGAAGGAUCGCCCGCCAAGUUCCACAAGAUCUCUGGUGCCUUGCAGAUUACCAAGCGGGCUACUGGACGCGACGCUGAGGCCUCUCUGGGCGAUCUUAGGUUCGGCGACAAGCGUGAUGUCCUAGUGCAACUCGUCAUCGUGCCAGACAACACCUCGCAGGAGCAGCUCCCGCAAGACCCCUGGGACAACAUCGUCUCUGGAUUGGAGGCUCUGGGCGGCGCCGCGGACGGUGACGACCAACGCAUCACUUCCGUCGAAGAGGUACCGCUUAUCCAGGCGGACCUCACUUGGGGAGACAUCUUGAGAGACGGCACUCUCUCUCAUCUUCCCCGCCCUUCUCUGCUCGCAAUCACUAUGCUCCCUGCUCAGGCAAAGCGAAAGGAAUCGUGGGCAAACUCGCCCCCCAUUCCCCCUCACCCGCAUAUCGUCCAGCGGCGCAUGGAGCUGCUUACGUCGGACAUGCUAACUCGCGCCUUGACCCUCGUGUCGCGCGGCCAGCACGACCGAGCGCACACCCUACUGAACGAAACCCGUUCUAUCCUCAAGGGACUUGGAAAGGGUGGUCUUCCUCCGAUCCCUCCGCCGGGCGCCCCGCCAAACAGGUCCCUCCCAUCUACUCCGCAUCCCGGAAACGAGGGCUCUCCCUCACUUACCCCCGACAGGAAGCAAUCCCCAUCGCCAACGCAGUCUGCCAACUCCUCCGCUGCCAACGGGUACUCGGCUACCGCAGCAAUCGGCCGCAGCCGCUCAAACGAUGGUCUCGGACUCGGGGCUGGCAUCGAUGCCAACACCGUUGCAGCCCUCGACUCCGAGCUCGAGAGCAGUCUCGAGUGGAUCAGCCACCCUGCAGUGUUUGGCCGCGACAGCCGCAAGGCUGUGCUGCAGGCUAUUGGCGUCAUCAGCUCCCAACGCGCCUUCACGUUCCGGACGCCCAUUGAGUCUCUGUGGGCCGGUCGGGUCGCCGGCGUGAAGAAGCUCACAUCAAAGAGCCGCGAGUGGCGAGAGGAAGGAGGCGGGGAGGGCGGCAUCAUGGAAGAGGCCUAG